AUGCUCCCUUUUCAGCCUCUCUUUCGAUUCGCAUGCACAGCUGUCAGUGACUGUUGCGUCGUUGUGGGAGGCUGCUGAAGGAGCUGACACACCCGGCCCGCUCGAUUCAGCUACCCCAGUGAGUGACCAACUGUUCAGGCACAUGAAAGGCUGCAUGUGAUUGUGUGUUCAGGUCUGCUUUGCCCACGGACGCAAUACGGCGGGCGUUUCAUUCAUUCAUUCACUGCCGGUGAGGCAACGCAGACAGCACCGCACAGUGACCGUCAGUGAGCGUCACACAGACGGCAGUGCCACCCACCGUCGCUCUGAUGUGUUUGCCUGUUUGUGUUCCAUUCAGGUACCUUCCUGCCUGCCAUUGCGGGGAGCUGAAUCAUCUGCUCGAGUCAAUCGCAGUAUCAUCCAUCGCUGACUCGGUGAGUGAUGACCGACCCGCCGGCACACACGAGCGGCGGGCCUGAAGUUGUCUGUGCCCUGGUGUGAUUUCGUCAGCUAACAGUGAACCGACAUGUCGGAGCAGCUUCGUUUCCUACCUCUGUGGAAUUAUCAUCUCGGCGACGGUUAUGA